UGGAGUGACGCCGCGGCGACCUCCACUGCGGUAGUGGGCGGCGGUGGCGGCGAGAAGUUCGGCGAAAGAUGGCGGACUCCGGCAGCCCGAGGAAGAGGGAGGAGAAGGAAGAGGAGGACGACAUCGUCUGCCUGGAUCCGUCCUUCUUCGUGGACCGCAGCUACGAGAUGACGACCUUCACCUUCGGGUCCCACGAGUUGCGCCUCCUCUGCCUCCGCGCCGCUUCCACUGAUUUUGAUCUGACGGGACAGUUAGUGUGGCCAGGGGCAGUCCUGAUGAACAACUACCUAUCUCAACACCCUGAAAUUGUGAAGGGAUGUUCAGUAAUUGAGCUAGGAUCUGGGAUUGGCAUUACUGGCAUAUUGUGCAGCCGUUUCUGCAAGGAGGUUGUCUUGACUGAUCACAAUGAUGAAGUUCUGGAGAUUAUAAGGAAAAAUGUAGAGUUGCAGUCAUGUUCUGAGAAUGCACAUGCAGCAUUGACAGCCGAGAAACUAGAGUGGGGAAACUCAGAUCAUUUAAGCAGUAUUAUUGAAAAACAUCCUGGUGGAUUUGAUCUUGUUCUUGGAGCUGAUAUUUGCUUCCAGCAAUCUAGCAUUUCCUGCCUCUUUGAUACUGUAGAGAGGAUUGUCCGUAUUCAAGCUCGUAAAUGCAGAUUCAUAUUGGCUUAUGUAUCCCGAACUAAAGUCAUGGAUGCACUAGUACUCAAGGAAGCUGAAAAGCAUGGAAUGUGUGUUGAAGAAGUGAAUGGAACAAGAACAACCAUCUCAAAUCUUGAAGGAGUAAUAUUUGAAAUUACCCUGAAAUGACACUCUGUCCUUUGACGCACCUUUGUCGAAAUGCUUGGGCGGUUAUUCGUCAAGAAGAUCCAUAGAACCUCCUUAGCAGGAAAUUCAAAGUCCCACAUUAUGAUGAGCUGGAGAUGUGUCAGUUGUAUCUUUGCAGAAUUGCAGAGGAUGAAACCACUACCUUGCUGUCACAGCAAGAACAUUACCCGAUGAUGGUCUUUGAUUCGUAUGCUGAUUUGGUGUGGCUUUCUACUGUUCAACUGCUCCAUCCUUUUAGCUAAUAUAUAAGAUAUAAGAUGCGUCAAUUCAUGAGCGGUGAAUGAUGUUACAACUUUCUCAGACUAUCUAUCUAUCGGUGAGAUGACCAGACUCUGAAAGUUCUUGUGACAAAGAGUUGCUGAAAGCAGCACCAUCAUGUAUGAGUUGCAGAUGCUUGUCUGAAUUCUGAAAAAGGCUGUGGAUUACCAUGAGCUCGUGCUUGGUGCAGUAGCAUGUAAAACACCAAUUGAACAGAAACCUUCAGCACCUCCUUCAACCCAUGUAACAUGGUUCCAAUUUUUUGCCUUGUUCUCUAGCCUGUUGUUGGUUCUUUGCUAUAUUUGUAAGCUUGCUGCGACAAUAUAUUUGUAAGCUUGCUGCGACAACUUGUCAAGGCCUCCCUGAUGCAACCUUGUCACUAGGGCGUAGUGCCACAGUUUUAUCGGCUUUCUUGGAUGGCAGCCUGAAAUCGGAGCUCCUGCCAUAUGGCCAUGUUCUGUAUCAGAACUGUCAGUGAUGCAUGCAUUGCAGUGCUUUAGCUGCAAUUUGAACAGGUCUGAACCUGACCUCGUGCUGAACAAUGUCAAAAUUUAUGGAGUGAUGUUGUACAUUGAGAGCGGCAA